AUGCCGCGAAAAACAACCAAGCGGAAGCGGCACUCGAGCAGCUCGGCGAGCGACGAUGGCUCCAGCGACAAUGAGCGUGGGAGGCGCGGCAACGCCUUGUCCAAGUUUGAAGAAUUCGAUGUCUCGGAGGUGCUUCAGAAGCCACAGGAGGCGCAAGAAGCUCAGCUAGUAAUGGAGCCGCAAGACGGCAACACCAACAAUGACGUUAACAACAACAGCGACAGUGCCACAACAAGUGCUACAGCUACAACUGCCGCUGUCGUUGCUCCUGAACCUGCUGCUGAACCGCAGGAGCCGCCAGCGCCCAUUCCGCAGCUCAUUCCACCGGAGCCUUUGAGGGACCUUCCACCAGAUGAGGAGUUCGUGCCGCUGACUACGAUUCAGGUUGUGCCGAUGAUGAACCGCAACGUUGAGGCGCAGAACGGCCUGCUGAAAGAGCCCGCAGCGCCGGCCAGGAUUCAACGUGUGACGCAGCCAGGUGUGCCAGCCCCAGCGAUGCCCACAAUACUUAUGCAACUUCUAAGCGCGUGA